AUGAUCAUUCGUCGUGAAAUAUGCUUUUUAAUAUUAGCUAUUGUUCUGGACAGCGUUUCCGCUAUUAAUUGCCCAACAAAUCAAGCAUGCAUCUGUCAACCGAAUUAUGAAGGAGGAAUUGAGAUAAAUUGUCUGAUGAAGAACGAUUCGUCGUUCAUCGUGAAUAUUCAACCAGACGAAUAUAUAAAAAUCGAAUGUAUUAAUUCACCGGAAUGGUCAGAUUUCAAUCUGGAAGUGUCAUCUUUAACAAAGAAUGAGAGUAUCAAGUCAAUAUAUUUCUACAUGUGUGAUUUACCGACCAACAAAAGUUUGGGUGAAAUCACGCAAACACUAGGAGUUACCGAAGUGAACAAAUUAAUCUUUCAAUCGUACAAGAAUUUGAGCUUUGCCCUGGUCAAGCAUCAUUUGGAUGACUUUGAGAAUUUGAAAUCUCUAGUCUUGUCAAGCAAUAAUGUGUCCUACGUGGAUAAAGAUCUGUUAGCUGGUCUAGUCAACUUAACGGGACUUAAUUUGCGUGACAACAAUUUACACCUAGUCUCCGGAUUUUUCAACUAUACCCCCGGAUUAGAGUGGAUCGAAUUGGGUGACAAUGCUUUACGAUCAAUAGAACUGGGCAUGUUUGACAACCUGAAAAAUCUAACGUUACUUAAUCUAUGGAAAAAUCAUUUAACAGAGCCUCAGUUGGGAAUUUUUGAUGAACUCAUUGCUCUGAAGAGCCUCGAUCUCAAUACGAAUAACAUGAUUAAGUUACCGGAUGACAUUUUUGCGAAACUCGAAAACCUAGAGGUUCUUAACUUAUCUCGAAAUAAUUUCACACGUUUACCGAGAAAUCUGUUACAAAAUAACACGAAGCUACAUACUGUCUCUCUGUUUGACAACAAGAGAAAUAUGACAACCUUACCAAAUAAAUUUUUUGCUAAUUUAAUGGAAUUAAAGGUGUUAAAACUAAGAAAAAACGGAUUUGUUACACUGCCAGAAGAUCUCUUCUGGGGAUGCACUUCGCUAACUAAUAUCACUUUGGAACGAAAUUAUCUUAAAACUUUACCUGUGCAUAUAUUCCGUGAUCUAAAAAAACUUGAAAACUUGGAACUGAAUUUUAAUGAUCUUGAAACAUUGCCUGAUAAUAUUUUCUCUAAUACCAAUCGAUUAGUAAAACUAGAUUUAUCAAAAAAUCAACUUACUUCCAUUUCCAGGAAUCUAUUCAGUGGAUUACAUGCUUUAAAGGAAUUAAAUAUGGAAGAAAAUCAACUGAUGACUAUUUCUAGCCACAGUUUCAGUUUUUUAAAAGAAUUGAAAAUUGCCAAGUUUUCUAAAAAUUAUCUUAAAUUAGAAGAUACUUAUCAUGAAUAUCCUGAUCCAUUUGGAUCGAAAUCGCCUUUUUAUGAUUGCUUGUCAUUAGAGGAAUUAUAUUUAGCUAAUAAUAAUAUUUCAAAGAUAUUUAGCGACUGGAUUUUGAGCGACUUAGGACUUCGAAAAUUAGAUCUUAAAUAUAACAAUAUAUCUUUGAUAACCACUGAAGAUUUACAGUUUGUGUCACAUGACAUCGAAGUGGAUUUGACUCAUAAUAAAAUAGAGCAUAUCUUUUUACGUAGUGCUGAAAAACUAGUAAGUUAUCAGGAGGAUACUACUCAUGAUGCGAAAAUAUUAGUAAAUGAUAAUCCAUUACAUUGUGAUUGCGGGUUAUAUGACUUUCUACGUUAUAUCGAAGGCAAAAUGCAUCCCAAAGUUCCAAAUUAUUUCCAAAUAAUACCAGGCAAUUUAAGUUGCCAAACUCCAAAGGACUUAGAGAAUCAGCCCGUUACAAAUUUGAAAUCUGAAUUAUUAACAUGUAUAGUAGAUGAUUCUGAUGUGUGUCCUGAAAAGUGCACUUGUUUAGUAAGACCCGAAGGUAGUGCAUUCAUAUUUGAUUGUUCUAACAAAAACUUGUUUAGUAUACCAAGCAAUAUAAGAAAACCUGGUAAUUCCUUCCAAUUUGAGCUGAAUUUCUCUGGGAACCAGUUAACUCAUAUGCCUGAUUUGAAAGCAAUGGGACUUGAACCAGUAAAGAAACUUAUUUUAUCUCACAACAACAUUAAUGAAAUUUCUCUGGAUGGAUUGUCCAGCACAAUACAGGUUUUGGAACUACACAACAACAACGUGUCAAAAAUACAUCCUGACGUGUUAAAAUUUCUGAAACAAUCAAUGAAUUUAACUCGAUUGACGUUACACGAAAAUCCAUGGGAAUGUGAUUGCAACGCUAAAGAUUUUCGAAAUUUCAUUCAAACGAAUUUAGUGACGAUGCCUGAUCUAUUUAAAGUGAAGUGUCCGGAAAAAAACACUUUUGUAUCGGAAAUGACUUUCACUGAUUUUUGCCCGUUGCAUACAACAAAGAUCAUCGGUAUUAGUGUAGCAAUUUCUUUUACGGGAUUUCUUAUCGGAUUCUUUGGAUUACUCUAUUACAAAUACCAACGGCAAAUUAAAGUGUGGCUUUUCGCCCAUCAGUGGUGCUUAUGGUUCGUAACCGAAGAAGAGUUGGAUAAAGAAAAAGUGUAUGACGCAUUCGUGAGUUACUCGCACAAGGAUCACGAUUUUGUCGUGGACGAAUUGGUGACUAAGCUGGAGAAUGGCCCAAGGUCGUUCAAAUUGUGUCUUCAUUAUCGGGACUGGGUAGCGGGCGAGUGGAUACCAGCAAAUAUUGCUAGCUCCGUAGAAAAUUCUAAACGGACGAUUGUAGUGCUAUCACCGAAUUUCUUAGAGAGUGUCUGGGGAAGAAUGGAAUUUCGGGCUGCCCACAGUCAAGCGUUGAGCGAAGGUCGUGCGCGAGUAAUAUUAAUUCUGUACGGUGAUAUCGGACCCACUGACAACUUAGAUCCAGAACUGAAAACAUACUUAAGUAUGAACACGUAUGUCAAAUGGGGAGAUCCUUGGUUUUGGGAUAAAUUGAGAUAUGCGCUGCCGCAUGAACCUAAACUUACAAGGAACAGCAUCGCUGGAAAGAAAAUCUUUGAGAAUCAUCAACUGUGUAUUCAAGCAAAUGGGGAUAAAAAGGAGCUCAUCUAUCCAAUUGAGAUUUCUGAGAUUCCACCGACCACUACACCGCCAGCUGACACACUUAAAAAGUUCAUCUGUGAUAAAGAAUCGGAAGAACAAUUAUAUUUGAAUAAAUAUGCACAGGAAUCGUGUAAAUUGAAUGGAAACCCGAUCAUUCUCUCACCCGAACAUUUAAUAAAACACGAUAAUAAAGAAUGUCUUGUCUGA